UUUAACACUCAUCAAUCUACAACAGUCUUCUAACAAUAUUCGCCACAAACGAAUUUAUAAAUUUAUAAUUCAAAAUUGAAAGUGUUUUUAAGUCUUAAAUCCUAAAAGUAACAUUUUUUCCAAUGGCGUACGAGAAAAUUAUUUUUGUCCUUUUAUUCGCGACGGCCUUAAUUUUAGUUGCAAAUGUCUCGCCAACAACGGGAUACAAUAAUUAUAAUCGUGGAAAAAAUAUUUCUCACAAUUUCAUCAUUGGAUCGCGACGACCUGGUGAUCGACUUGUAAUGCAACAGAAUAUAACGGCAAGUGCAUCGACAUUUAAAAUUGUAACGAGACGUGUGCAAUUCCUUCUUCAAGCCGGCAAAAAUAUUACACAACUUGCUGCAUUAGAUCAAAAAAUUGAUGGAACUGGAGCUUACGUUACACUGGAGAGUGGAGGUGUUGGAAAAAGGAACGCCACUCUUAGAUUUAAAAGUCAACGAAGCCAUGGAAUUCAUUUUAUCGUUAAAAUAUUUGCCCGUUGAAACAAAAAAAUUUUUGUAAAUUUUCUCAAAUAGAUAAUUAAACUUAUUUUGUAAAAAAAA